GGAACUAUUCACAAUGAGGAAAAUGCGACGAAGAGAGCGGCAAAAUGUCAUUGUUUCUGUCUCUUUACUUCAAUAUUUUUACAGGAUAUUCUUUUUAUCCAAGUAUUUUCCCCAAUUGCUAAAUAAAUGGCAUGGUCAUGACAAAUAACAGUCUUGUGCUGAAUGGAAUAUGAAAUAAUAAAAAUGCAUUUAUUCAGGACGACAUGGCAAAAUUACUCCAUAAUGGUCAAAACUGUCGACUUCACCUUUACUGUCGCACCUCCCGAACUAUAUUUUAUGACACCUAAAUCGGACAUAUGUCAUUUCCCUUCCCCGGCUUCGGAGAAUGUAAACAAACCAGAAGGCGUGACAGCUAGCCGACAUGCUAACCCGAACCGAGUGAUGUUUCAAAGUCUUCAAAGCGGAAAAUCACACAUAACUAUCCUGGAUUAUUUGACAUGACGACCCGGUUGUCUAUUGUCGUUGCGGAUCGGCAAACCGCCCGGCGGAGAGCAAUUUACAGUUCGUUCCCCGGAGGAGGGUGGCUGGAGUUGUUGUGCAGCUAACGGGCUGCUGCUAAUGACCAUUAGGACAGCUUUUUACAUGCCUAUCAAUGAUCAAACUUUUGACAGUGCCGUUGGGCUUCAGAUGAGUUCAACAAAUGCUGUCAAGGCAAUCCGAAGUGACUGCCCAAAAACUGCUCAAUACUUUUCCCAGAUUCUCAAGCUCCUUUCUGUCAUUUAUACACUCGUGCAGAGCAACUCGUAUGCCACAAAAAGAGACAUCUAUUACAACCAUCCGCAGCUGUUUGGCUCACAGAAAACAGUUGAUCAAAUAGUGGAUGAUGUGUCGUGCAUGCUAAAGAUGCCUCGAAGAGCUCUACACGUGUUGGCCACGUCCAAAGGUUUAAUCUCAGGUGAUCUUUGUUACAUGGAGGAGGACGGUACAAGGAUCAACUGUAAUUCAAGUUCCACUGCUGUUGCGGUUUCAUCAAACAUUGCAGGCAUCCGAAAUAUUGUAUCAUCUGCCAGGUUUAUCCUAGUAGUUGAGAAGGAUGCUACAUUUCAGCGGCUUCUUCAAGAUGGCUUAUGCACCACUCUUUCUCCAUGUAUCAUGAUCACAGGUAAAGGCUUUCCAGAUGUGAACAGCAGGUUGAUGGUGAGAAAGCUCUGGGAUGUGCUGCAAGUCCCAGUCUUCACUCUGGUGGAUGCUGACCCACAUGGCAUUGAGAUCAUGUGCAUCUACAAGUAUGGAUCAGUGGCCAUGUCAUUUGAGGCCCAAAACAUGACCAUCCCCAGUGUCCUUUGGUUAGGCCUCCUCCCUUCAGACCUCGAGAGGCUGCAGGUUCCCAGGAAUGCUCUGAUCCCCCUCACCAAGACUGACGAAAACAAACUCAAGAGCCUGCUUAAAAGGCCCUAUGUAAUGGAUCAACCAGAGUGGCUUAAAGAGAUGGAGUUAAUGCAGAAGAAUAAACUCAAAGCAGAAAUACAGUCGCUGACAGCCAUUGGUCCAGACUUUCUCACCAACAUCUACCUGCCCAACAAGCUACGCUAUGGGGGCUGGCUAUGAGCACAAUGCUGCCACCUAGCGGAAUAAAAUACUAAGUGACAAAAAAUGGAAAACCCCAUGUUUAACCGAUCUGUUUGACCGUUGCUGAUAGAAUACACGUCGUUUAUUUCCUUUGCAUUGACGAAUUACCUAAAACCAAAAACAAAAUCGUUAUUUCGUUGGAAAAGGUGUGGUAAAGUUAAACAUGCAAUCUUGUGGAUUGUUACAAUUUACAGAUUAUAUCUGUAAAAGCGUUAUCCAGUUUCGUUUAAAAAUAUGUUAAAAGU